UAAGUCGUGACGUAGCGGCGCCGGUUGCGCGAGCCGCAGUCUGCGGGAGAAAGCGGGGCUCGUCGCUGCACACCGGGGCUCUGCGCGGGGCCCUCACCGCCCUCACCAUGGAGUUCCUAAUGGGAAACCCGUUCAGCACGCCGGUGGGACAGCGAGUCGAGAGUGCGACAGGCUCUAGCCUGCCAUCAGAAGACUGGGCUCUCAACAUGGAGAUCUGCGACAUGAUCAACAGCUCAGAGGAAGGAUCCAAGGACGCGGUCAGAGCCUUGAAGAAAAGGAUCGUAGGAAACCGGAACUUCAAGGAGGUCAUGCUGGCGCUCACUGUCCUGGAGACGUGCGUGAAGAACUGCGGUUACAAGUUUCACGUCCUGGUGACCACGCGGGACUUUGUAGAAGGCGUCCUGGUCCGCUCGAUCAUCCCGAAAAACAACCCUCCGUUGAUUCUGCAUGACAGAGUGCUCAGCAUUGUGCAGGCGUGGGCCGAUGCAUUCCGCAGCUCGCCUGACCUGACGGGCGUGGUGUCCGUGUACGAAGACCUGCGCAGGAAGGGACUCGAGUUCCCCGUCACCGAGCUGGACGGCUACACGCCCAUCCAAGCCCCCCAAAAGCGUUCUCCUGGGAACGGGUCCUCUGUCACUACGCUGCCCUCCGCGCUCCUCUCCUCCAAACCGCCGCUCAUCCCCCCGCUGACUUCAGAGCUCAAACUGGCCCUGGAGGGGAACAACGCAUUCACGUCCGUCCAGGUAAAACAGCUGAAGACGGAGCUGGGAGUGGUGCGAAGCAACCUGACGAUGAUGUCCGACAUGAUGACUCAGCUGGACCCCGUCACGGUGAAAGAAGCCGACAUGGAGCUGCUGGAGCAGUUAUACACAGUGUGUAAGGAAAUGCAGGACAGGAUUGUAAAGGUGGUCCCCAGACUCAGCGAGGAGAAGCUGAUCGAGGAGCUGCUGGCAGCGAACGAUGAGAUAAACAGCGCCUUCACCCGCUACCACAGGUUUGAAAGGCGAAUACCGAACUGCCAAAGCGCAGCAGAGAAGAGUCAAACGUACGUCAACCUAACAGACUUCGAUCUGACGCCCGAGUCUGUCAGCCAAUCAGGGUUCGCGUCCGUUACCAACAGCUCAUUCAGCCUGUCGAAAGCGGACAGCUUUUCCAGUCAGAUGGCCCGACUUAGUACAUCUGAAUCAGAUGACGCGUUGCCGCAGAAUAUCUCAACCCGACAAAGGCCGAGUGAGCUGAGUGAGGUCGCAGAGGACGGCCCAGCCGAGGCUCGGGACAGCAGACUACGCAGCGCUGCAACGGACGACAGCCCGGCCUCCACCCGCAGCGCCUCGCCAAAGUUAGAUUGGAUGAUUAAAAGGGGGAUGAUUCCCAUCAACCAGUCGACUGUAAUGGACGACAUAGAGAAAUGGUUAGAGCUGGACAACGAGUACGACGACUUUGAAGAUGCAGACGGUGUGACCAGUGAAGAAUUUGACAAGUUCUUGGCAGGGAGAGCGCAAGCAGCUGAGCGUCUCCCGUCGCUGAGAGCCUCCUCGCAGGACGCCGGCCACUCGCAGUCUCCAGCUGCACCAGGAACCUGACGCGCUAACGGGCUCGCAAAGCUCCCGCGCCCAUCGGCUGAGAAAGGGACAUUUCCUCCUGGGGAACAUGUUGAAUGGCACAUGGGAAUUACAGCCCAUCUGAAGAAGAAUGUCAUGGCUGUGCACGCUGCUCUUCACUGGGGGGCUUUUUAAGAGAUAUACGUGUAUUGUGGUUUUAUGAAGGGGCGGCGGUUCUUACUUGACAUUGUUAUGAGGGUUUGUCCAUGUGUGGAAUGCACACAUUUGCACAUUUUCUAUGGUUCCAUUCCUGCUGUUGAAAGAAAGAGGGGGUGUUGUUACUGAAGGCAACUUCUGCAAGGUCGAUAUGUACUAUAUUGCUGUUAUAUAUAAAUAUAUAUAUUGUUAAAAAAUGCUGAUGGGUUAUGGAAAGCGCGCCUGUCUAAGUAGCAAACACUGGUAACUUGUAUGUAAGUGAAGGUUGGCUGUUAAAUAAUUCAAUAAUUUCAUGCUUCACAUCUUUUUUGGUGUUUUUUACAUCCAACAUUCCCUUGUGAAGAUGUUUUACCUGAAGUUUGACAAACUAUUGUCAUAUUAAACAUAACCUAUUAACUAUUAA